UCCUGCUGCCCAGUGCUGUAACUUGGUGGCCUCACUGCAAGAGGCCUCAUUUAAAUACAAACAACUGUGCUCUGGCUUGCAUGGGAGUGGUUGUCAAGGAGGUUGUCAGGGAGGCUGACAUCAGAGAUCCCGUCCCUAUAGAUUAUUGUACAGUGGCAGGAUCUGUUCCUCAUCUGCAAAUGAGACAAGAGGGCACCCAGAGGAAACCCUGAGGGCACUUUGCGUCAUUGACCCAGGUUGCCUAGCACCGCUGGGACCGGGGAGGGAGGGCCGAUUGGCUUCGGAUUUGCAUUUUCCCAGGAUGGCCUGUUGGAGAGUCAAACAGUGCUGAGAACUGAGCCGGGGAGGAGAGAGGCAGAGGCGAUGGCUGGCCGCGCAUCGGAGCUUGAGUUCCCCUUCGUCCAGGACGUCCAGCUCACCAGGUGCAUGCGGCUGCGGGCACAGAGUCUCCAGCAGAGGAACGAGCGGCCGCAGGAUGGCGAGAAGCUGCUGCGGCCCAACGAGUACAUCUACAGGGUGGAUUUCGUCCGGCAGCACAACCUGUACUUCCUGCGCUGGAAGAUCCAGAUGGAGAAAGCGGGGAAGGUGACGGUGAUGGGCACCUCCCAGCACUGGACGCCCGACCUCACCAACCUUAUGAACAGACAGCUGCUGGAGCCAGUGGGCAUCUUCUGGAAGCAGCCAGGGACCAAGGAAGUGGAGUGUAACGAGGCGGAUGCCCAGGAGUUCGGGGAGAGGCUGAUGGAGCUGGCCAAGAUCCGCAAGGUGAUGUACUUCCUCCUCUCCUUCACCGAUGGCCUCGACCCAGCCCACCUCAAGUGCUCCGUAGUGUUCAAAGUCUGAUCGAUCCCAUCCUGGGCAGAUCCCACACCUCUUGGCCCCAACCUCUUCAUGUUUCCUUCUCUUCGCUUCGAUUCAGUGAUUGGUCAUUUCUUUUAAAGGGACAGCAUGACAAAAAAUGUGUGCCGUGUUGAUUCGCAGCCGGCAGUCAUGGUUUGAGAAUAGGCAGGUGACUAUAACGCUGCCCCGGCUGCUCCCCACUGUGCCGGGAGACUUUCCCCAGCAGGUUGUGUCUUGUGGCUGGAUGGAUGGAGAGGACAGUUGCUUUAGUAGCCUAGAAUGCAGUAUUGCAUUUGAGUUAAUUCAGCUGUGCAAGGCGAGCUGUUUGACUGGCAGCCUGCUGAGAUGGAGACGAGCUGACUGGAAAGCUGUGGGCCUGCCCUGAUCAAACCUGACCGACUGCCUUACAUAGAAGUUAAAGGUCUCGUGGAAAUAUUAAGGAUCUCUACUGCAUGUCGUUGUGUGGAGUAAGGAAGGUGACGCAGACCAGCGCUCUGAGCUCCAGUCUCAAGGCCAUCAUUUUCAAACGUGUCAGGUGACUUUGGAUACCCAGCUUUCCAGAGACGUGUUUUCAGAGGAGCUGAACGUCUGCAGCUCACGUUGACCUCAGCUGGAUCUGUGGAGCUCAGCACCUCUGAAGAUCAUGCCCCAGGGAGUCUCGGGGUGCCCCUCACGCCCUCACCUAGUGCAUCGGAAAUUAAUGGCCACUUUUGCAAAUUUUAGCUGGUCAAACCCCAGUGAGGCUUUGGACCCAUGUUAAUGUCAGCAGCUCAUCUGUUCCCUGCUGCACAGCGAGUAACUCUCACGGUGCAUUUGCCUUGCUGUGGUACAAAUUGAACUCGGUGACAAUGUGCUGCCUGGGGAUAUUAUGUAUUGAAAACAGCUGGAAGAUCAAUCUGCUGCAGUGUGCCGAGCUAAGAAAGUUAUAGGGGCAGAGCAAAGGUUUCUGAGAAGAGUUUAACCCUGUGUAGCUCUGAGCCAGAUGUGGGUCUUCUGCAGUGUUCUUCCUUUGUAGAGUACAGUACAGGUGUGUGAUCUCUCCAAGCUCACAUAGAAAUAUAUUGGUUAUUAAUUAUUUACCUAGGGCUGUAAGCUUGCCUAGUGCUUUACAAGCGGUAGAAUAAGAAACUUCCCUUGCACCAAAGAACUUACCACCUAAGGGACUGUUACUGCUAACGCUUCCUGCCAGGCAUAGAGCUUUGUAGGGGGUGUCGUCACAUGCACCAUGGUCUGGUGUAUAGGCUAUGUGGGUGGAAGCUGGAGACCUGGGUUCUCUUCACAGCACUACCAUUGUGCGGGUUGGUGUGUGAACUUGGGCAAGUCACUGAACUGCUCCGUGCCUUAGUUUCCCCUCUGUGAAAGAGGUGAUGAUAUGGACCCUCUUUUGUAAAGCAGUUUAAGAACCACCACUGAAAAGUGCUAUGGAAAUGCUAAGUGCAUGCUACUCUUUGUCCCAUGGUCCUGAACAGGAUUACACCUGAGCGUGUUUGCAGGACAAAGCACUAAGAGUUGUUCCGGGGGUAUAUAUUAUGUCAUUGCAUGAAAAACAAACCCACCUCAGCUCAGUUCUCAUGCUUUGAUCUU